AUAUAUAUAUAUUGGUUGUGUAGACGAUAAACGUACAGCAAUAUCUUCUCUCGCUCUGUUUUCCUUUGCCUCUGUUUCUCGUUCUUUCCGGUGCUUUUCUGAAAAAGCCGGAGUCUUUUUCAAAUUUUCUGCCUACCAUAGUACCACUCUCGGGUUUCAACAGAUUCUUGAAUCCUAGAAAAAAUCAAAUCUCCUUUUCGAUUCGCGGGAAACAAAAGCAAGAAUCCAAAGAACAAAAAAGGCCAAUUGCAAUUUGGAAACCCUUUAGCCUGAUCAAGAUUUUCAUUGGUUUCUUGGUGUUUUGGGAGUUUCUGCAGAAGGUUAUUGGCAGAGGAAGAUUUGAAGAAGAAGAUGAAUAACUCAGUCUCGGAUCGCAGUUUUUACAUUGAGAGUGAAGAUGAAGAAGAUGAGGAAAAGGAAUUCAACAAAAGCAUAGAAGAUGGAGGAAACGACUCUGAUUCUUCUGAAUCUUAUACUGAAAAUCAGCAGCAGAAUAUUCCCAGUUCUUACAACACCCAAUGGCCUCAAAGUUACAGGCAAUCCAUUGAUCUGUAUAGUAGUGUACCAUCCCCUGGUAUUGGGUUUCUGGGCACUCCUUCAUUGUCAAGAUUAGGAAGUUCAUUUCUUUCCUCAUCACUGACAAGAAGGCACACUCCCGAAACAUUACCUUUCUUGACGAAACCCUCGGUACCGAUAGUUGCGGAUGAGCAGCAACAACAGCAGCAACAGAGACGUAGUUCUCAUUCUCUCCUUCCUCCUAUUCAUUCAAGGAGGUCUUCUAUUAGAAAAGAUGAUAAACCAUCCAGGGUUUCUCAUGAACAUCAUCCUAUUUCUCGCCACAGCUCAUUCACACAAGCUGUGAUUAACGGAAUCAAUGUUCUUUGUGGGGUUGGAAUCCUUUCCACACCAUAUGCUAUCAAAGAAGGAGGAUGGCUUGGGCUCUCGAUUUUGCUUAUAUUUGCAGUGCUUUCCUUCUACACUGGUUUGCUCCUGCGUCGCUGCUUGGAUAGUCAGCCUGGCCUUGAAACUUACCCGGACAUUGGCCAAGCUGCAUUUGGUACGGGAGGACGAAUCGCCAUCUCGAUAAUACUGUACGUGGAAUUAUAUGCUUGCUGCAUAGAAUAUAUAAUUUUGGAGAGUGAUAACUUGUCUUCGCUAUUUCCAAAUGCGCACCUAAGUUUGGGCGGAUACAUGCUAGAUUCUCGCAUUUUAUUUGCGAUUUUGACCACCCUUGCUGUUCUUCCUACUGUAUGGCUUCGAGACCUCAGUGUUCUUAGCUACAUCUCAGCUGGUGGAGUUAUUGCAUCGAUCGUGGUUGUCCUUUGCUUGUUUUGGGUUGGUCUAGUUGAUGGAGUUGGCUUUGAGAACAAAGGAACACCACUGAACCUUUCAACUCUCCCUGUUGCAAUGGGUCUCUAUGGCUACUGCUACUCAGGACAUGCUGUUUUCCCAAAUAUUUAUACUUCAUUGGCAAAACCAAACCAAUACCCUGCAAUCCUCUUAACAUGUUUUGUGAUUUGCACUAUUUUGUAUGGUGGAGUUGCUGUCAUGGGGUACACAAUGUUUGGGGAAUCAACAGCGUCACAGUUCACUCUCAACAUGCCUCACGAUUUGGUUGCCUCCAAGAUUGCUCUGUGGACUACGGUAGUCAACCCAUUUACCAAGUAUGCAUUAACUAUAUCUCCUGUCGCAAUGAGUCUGGAGGAGCUGGUUCCAUCAAACAAGUCCCAUAUAUACGCGAUCUUAAUUAGAACGGCACUGGUUGUCUCUACCCUGGUUGUUGGUCUCUGCAUCCCCUUCUUUGGUCUGGUGAUGUCGUUCAUCGGAUCUUUAUUCACAAUGCUUGUAACCUUGAUACUUCCUUGUGCUUGUUAUCUGAGUAUCCUGGGAGGGCGAGUAACUCGGCUUCAGGCAACACUUUGUAUUAUAAUCAUUAUAGUAGGUGUUGUAUCGUCUUCCUUUGGAACGUAUUCGGCGGUUUCGAAGAUUGUUCAGAGCUUGAUUCACUGAAGUUUUUGGGACAUUUUCUUGGAACAGUGAGAGAGAACAUGAUUAUUAAUGUAUUGUGGAUCCUUAGAGAGUAUAUAUAAUCUCUUGGUGUUCAUUUCCAAUUUUGAGCCAUCUUUGAAUUUGUUGUAUCAUGCAAUAAAUCCUGUCUUGUUUCCAUUAUUAUUUGCAGUAAUAUUACAUUUUUUUUUAAAAUAAAAAAUAUUACUAAC